AUGCCAAUAAACCACCAACUCGCCAAGCUGCCAAUUCGAAACACGGAAAUUAAAAACAUUGCGAUAUCUGAAAAGACUACGAUAACUGUUGCUGGAAAGUUAAUGGAAAUUAGGUUUGAUGAGCUUACUCUCGUGAAGCGUCUCGGUAAGUUACCUUCUAGAAUAUUCUUUAAUUAUUUAUUUAUUUAUUGA